AUGUUCUUCUUGGCUGGGGUGGUGCCACUUUUGGUGGUGAUUCAGGCGGUAACAGUACAGAACGCAUCGUUCUCUGGAGCUCAAGGCAUAAUUUACUCACCCGGCUAUCCUGAUGACUACAGUAACCAACUCGAUCAGUACUACACUAUCACGGUCGAUCCUGGUUAUUUCGUCCACCUAACACUCUACGACUUCGAAACUGAGCCCUGUUGCGAUAAGCUCUACAUCUGGGAUGGUGCGGACACUUCAACAGGUACAAUCGCUAACGUUUCCGGAGAAGCAACAGGGAUGACGUUUAGCUCAUCAGGGCCUAUAAUGACUCUGCUGUUCAACACCGACAUCACUGGGCAAGCACGAGGAUUCGCCAUCCACUAUGAGAGUGUCCGAAUAGACACUCAAUAUUCGGAACCGAGCACAUGUCAGUCAGGACUGUUCACUUCUGGACUAGGGUUUGUGACAUCGCCCAACUGGCCAUCGAAUUAUCCCAACGACAUCACCUGUAACUACUUGAUGACGAUGCCCAGAGGA